UGUUCAAUAUAAAGUCAAACCGUGUGUGCUUGACCCACUGAUCUGAAGCAUGUAGCAGCGGGUGACCCCCGCUCAGGAGUGGACUCGUCCGCGGAGCGCCGUUCUGCUCGCUUCAGGCAAACUGCGGUUUCUGGAAAUCAGCGGAUUUUCUAGAUUUGAAGAAAUGUGAUAAAUCAGCGGAUCGUGUCGUCAUGAGCGACCGACAAGCGACGCCUCACAGCGGGCAGUGCAGACCGAGAAUGAGCAGUGUACAGAUGGAGGAUCGCAACAUGUUGCGUCUGAUGGAGAGGGAGAGACGCAGUCAGGAGGUGCAGCUGGAGGAGACGCAGUAUGACAGAAUCGCUCCUCUCUUCAACAAGCCGUAUAAGAGAAUCAAAGAUGACGAGCUGUCGAGUCGCAUCCAGACGAUGCUGGGUAAUUAUGAGGAUGGAUAUGAUGGACCUGAGGACGCUGCGCUUCCUUACGAGCGCUCCACGCAGUUCCCUCAGGCGCAGUCAGGACACACGGAUCGCUCCAGAGCCGCCUCCGGCCCUGCUUCAGGAGAGAGCUGGGACAGUUUCCCAGCCCUGUCUCCUCUGCGGUCCAGCGACUCGGACACCGGCCCGUCUCCGGAGCGGCCUCCGCUGAACCUGCACAGUAAACUGGCGAAGGCCAAGAAACCCACAGCGUACGUGAGGCCGAUGGACGGUCCGGAUCAGGUGACCAGCGACUCUCCUGAACUGAAGGCCUCACUGGAGUCGUAUGAGCACUUACAGGACCUGAAGGAGAGCAGCAAACCAAACCUUGCCCCUCUGCAGGCUGCUGAUAUAGUGUCUGGAGCGCGUGUGGAGGACAUUCUGCAGGAAAUGACCUCAUGGCCUCCACUGCUGACGACCAUUUGCUCGCCAACCACAGCCGAGCCGCCCAAGGUCCUCUCCACUAACGAGGAGACACAUGGAUUACCGGCCCUCGAAGCUCAUGAAUCAUCAGACAAAGUUCAGCUGGAAUCUCAGUGAGUAUCAGAUCAGAUCUUUGUCUUGAGCUCAUGUGAAGGUGCUACAAAAAGGUCAAGAUGAAGAUUUCUCCCCUCUCUCUUCAGCUACUGUUUUAACUUUACUCUGUGUGUGUGUGUGUGUGUGUGUGU